CUCCAGGAGAUGAGUACACAGAUUAUGUAGCAACAAGGUGGUAUAGAGCACCAGAAUUGUUGGUCGGAGAUACUCAAUACGGGCCCCCUGUGGAUGUCUGGGCUAUUGGCUGUGUGUUUGCCGAGUUACUAUGUGGACAGCCUCUGUGGCCUGGUCGAUCAGACGUUGAUCAACUGUAUCUUAUUAAGAAAACUCUAGGUAUGUGUAUUGCAAGAAAUUAACCCAUUAAGUGGCAAUGCACUAGCUCUGAUGCACCAUACUUUAUUAUUUUACUCUGUCUAACUCCAGAAGAUUUUACUCGUCGAGGGAGAGUGCUGCCACGUAAUGGGUUAAUCAGUAUCUGCCAAUGCAUCCUGUUAACAUUUUAACUGGCAAUGUGCUCUGAUGAACUCUACUUUAUUAUUUUACUCUGUCUGAUGCCAGAUUUUGCUUCUCAAGGGGAGAGCACUGUCCCUUAAAGGGUUAAACAUGGAUUGUUCCACUUAAUAUUUCUGGCAUAAACUGGGUGAAUAAUUAAUUCCUGUUUUAUGUGUUUAGGUGACCUUAUACCUCGUCAUAUUCAGAUAUUUAGCAAUAAUCAAUUCUUCCGAGGACUAAAGAUACCAGAGCCCAGCAAGAGGGUAAGUUGAGGCCAUUGCAAAUCUUGCCAAAACUGAAUGCUCACUCACAUGCGUACUAUCUUUGUUUAGGAAGUCUUAGAAGAUAAAUUUCCAUUCAUCCCACAGCCAGCAUUGAGCUUUUUGAAGGUAAAAUAGGCCAGUUUACUGACUAUUUUCAGAGCUUUUUGCUUAUAUUUAUGCUAACAGAACAGGAAUACAUAUUUUCUCUACAACAAAUUUCCAUUGCGUAAAUGGAACACGUUUACUUAUAUUUUGUUCCUAUUUUGUUGUCCGUAAUUUAAUCAUAAUCAACCACAUCAUCCCAAGUUAUGUCUGACGUUCUUAUGUGGGAUUAGGUGUUCCCAUUACCAUGCAAUUUUAUGUCCUAUCACGUUUACAUGCUGGGACGAUCACAAAUAAUGUUUUCAAUACAUAUAAUUUUUUUAACACAGAACACAUAGACAUUACAUGCACACAGAAUACUGUACAUAGACAUUUUACGACAAAUUUGGACAAUCCUGCUAUAGCAUCCUUGGGAGUACACAUGCCAGUAUAAAAAACACAUGCAUGCCAUCUGCUAGAACUAGCUGACUGGAAACAAGCAGAUAAUUUAUUUUUUGAGGGCUGUGUGUUUCCCUAGGGAAUGUCCGAAGGAUUGUCUGUAUUUUCUCCAUAGAAGACGCUUAUUUUUUCAGGGUUGUCUAGUCAUGGAACCAGACAGCAGGCUGACAUGCGCAGAACUGUUGGAACACAAAUAUUUCGAUGGUUUCCGAGAAAGAUUCGAGCCAGAACUUCAAGCUCUCAUGUCCAAGAAUCAAGAUCAACAUCAGACGAAAUCUAAGAAACAAAAGGUAGGUCAGUCGUCUACAGUGCUGCUCCGACAGAAAUAUGACAACAACCGCGUCCACGUGUGUAAUUGUGUUCCAAAUGCGUUCUAAACGUGUUCCAAUUGCGUUCUAAACGUGUUCCAAAUGCGUUCUAAACGUGUUCCAAUUGCGUUCUAAACGUGUUCCAAAUGCGUUCUAAACAUGUUCCAAUUGCGUUCUAAACGUGUUCCAAUUGCGUUCUAAACGUGUUCCAAUUGCGUUCUAAACGUGUUCCAAUUGCGUUCUAAACGUGUUCCAAUUGCGUUCUAAACGUGUUCCAAAUGCGUUCUAAACGUGUUCCAAUUGCGUUCUAAACGUGUUCCAAUUGCGUUCUAAACGUGUUCCAAAUGCGUUCUAAACGUGUUCCAAUUGCGUUCUAAACGUGUUCCAAUUGCGUUCUAAACGUGUUCCAAAUGCGUUCUAAACGUGUUCCAAAUGCGUUCUAAACGUGUUCCAAUUGCGUUCUAAACGUGUUCCAAUUGCGUUCUAAACGUGUUCCAAAUGCGUUCUAAACGUGUGCCAAAUGCGUUCUAAACGUGUUCCAAUUGCGUUCUAAACGUGUUCCAAUUGCGUUCUAAACGUGUUCCAAAUGCGUUCUAAACGUGUUCCAAUUGCGUUCUAAACGUGUUCCAAUUGCGUUCUAAACGUGUUCCAAAUGCGUUCUAAACGUGUUCCAAUUGCGUUCUAAACGUGUUCCAAUUGUGUUCUAAACGUGUUCCAAAUGCGUUCUAAACGUGUUCCAAUUGCGUUCUAAACGUGUUCCAAAUGCGUUCUAAACGUGUUCCAAUUGCGUUCUGAACGUGUUCCAAUUGCGAUUCCAAUCUAACUGAAACGCUUGAUGGGAUCAGUGUUAAACAAUGAGUCAGUUUCCUCAAACAUUUCUUACAAAUCCUUCAAAACUUACCCAUGCAAAAUUCCUACUGUGAUCACAGAAACUGGUGUAAACCAGGCUUUAUAAAGAUAUUGGGUUGAUACUGUCAUCCCAUGAACAAGGCCCACUGUAAAUUAGCGUGGAACCACGUUUGAAGUUCAGUUUUGAACCGUAUUAAUUUUUUUCAUCUAGAAAUACGGCAGUCGUAGUGAACAACAGAACCAUCAUCUACCACAGCUUCACAUGCACCCAUCAUCAACCAAUGAACCACAACAUUCACCAGCACCUGACCACAAACUUG